AUGCUCAGCGCCGCUCUCCGGAGGCGAGUUCUCGCCCCUACGCACUCUGCCCUGCGCAAUGGCUUCGCCGCCCACGUCGUUCGCUGCUAUGCCUCGUUUCCCGACCACCAGGUCAUCAAGAUGCCUGCCCUGUCGCCGACCAUGCAGGCCGGUAACCUGGGUGCCUGGCAGAAGAAGCCUGGUGACACUAUAAGCCCCGGUGAGGUCCUCGUAGAGAUCGAGACCGACAAGGCCCAGAUGGACUUUGAGUUCCAGGAGGAUGGUGUCAUUGCAAAGAUCCUCAAGGAGGCUGGCGAGAAGGAUGUCGCCGUUGGCACCCCCAUCGCUGUCCUUGUCGAAGAGGGCGCCGACAUCUCCGCCUUCGAAAAGUUCACACUCGAGGAUGCCGGUGGCAGCGGCCAGCCCGCCGCCCCUAAGACCGAGAGCAAGUCCGACGCUCCGGCCCCCACCGAGUCGAGCUCCCCGGCCCCCGAGCCCGAGCAGUAUGCCUCUUCCGGUAAGAAGCUCGAGACUGCUCUCGACCGUACCGCCAACGCCAGCCCUGCUGCCGUCCGACUUGCCAGGGAGCAGGGGGUCAGCAUCGACACUCUCAAGGGCACCGGCAAGAACGGCCAGAUCACUGAGGAGGAUGUCAAGAAGGCCGGGAGCGCUCCCGCUGCCGCCGCUCCUGGCGCCACAUAUGAGGAUCUCCCCGUCAGCGGAAUGCGCAAGGUCAUUGCCAGCCGCCUUCAGGAGUCGGUCCAGAGCAACCCCCACUUCUUCGUUACCAGCUCCCUGUCCGUUUCCAAGCUGCUGAAGCUCCGCCAGGCUCUCAACAGCUCGUCCGAGGGCAAGUACAAGCUGUCUGUCAACGAUUUCCUCAUCAAGGCCAUUGCGGUUGCUUCCAAGAAGGUUCCUGCUGUCAACUCGAGCUGGCGUGGCGAGACAAUCCGCCAGUUCAACUCUGUUGACGUCUCCGUCGCUGUCUCUACCCCCACCGGGCUCAUUACCCCCAUCGUUACUGGCGUCGAGGGCCGCGGCCUCGAGUCCAUCUCGAGCAAGGUCAAGGAGCUCGCUAAGAAGGCCCGCGACAACAAGCUCAAGCCCGAGGAGUACCAGGGUGGUACCAUCUCCAUCUCCAACAUGGGCAUGAACAACGCUGUUGAUCACUUCACCGCCGUCAUCAACCCCCCGCAGGCCGCUAUCCUCGCCGUCGGCACCACAAAGAAGGUGGCCGUCCCCGUCCAGAACGAGGACGGUUCCGCUGGUGUUGAGUGGGAGGACCAGAUUACCGUCACCGCCAGCUUCGACCACAAGGUUGUCGACGGCGCUGUUGGCGCGGAAUGGAUCCGCGAGUUCAAGAAGGUCAUUGAGAACCCUCUUGCUCUGCUGCUUUAA